GACGCGACGACCCGUGCCCGGCUGUACCCGGAACCAGUCCGACCGGAAACACCGAGUGAGGGCCAGCGGCGGCAGCAGCCGAGCACCGAGCACUACCGAGGGGCCAGCGGCAAACACACCGACCCGAGCACGGACACCCGCACCGCAAACCACACCGAACACCACGGACAGCGGUUCGGCGGCGGCGGGGCGGAGCGGGCGGCGGAGGGGCACCGGGACUCCGGAUCCGGAUCCAGACAAUGGAGGCUUGGGGCCCGGGCAGCCCGUGGACAGCCGGGCCUUCCACGGUGUUUGUCCACGGAUGAAGAACACGGACCCGCACACACGCAGCAGGGACCCCGCACACCCUCCACUCUCGCCCCCCGGAGCCCGCUGCCCCCCCCCGCCCGGGUUUUAGGCGAUAUUCGGUCCCGGACGACGAACGUUUCGAGAUCGUCCACCUGAAGGCACCGGAAGUCGGCGGAGACAGCGGACUGUUGAACCGCCAGCUGCGGACCGUCACGGAGCUCCAGAGCCCCGGAUCAGCCGGCUUCCUGGCAGAACUCCAUGAACGGACAGACGGACGACGAAGCACUAAAAGAAGACACUCCAGUGGAUGGGACUGCUGAUCUGAUCUGACAGAAAUAAGCAGCUGAUGGUUAUGGAACACUUCGCAGAAACACUACAGACUGAAUACUGUCUGUUUAUGAGCCGCUGUAGAACAGACCACACAUGCACUUGAAGCCUCUGACACUAAAUACAAGAAUUAAUGAUACAUUUAUAUGAGGAAAUUAAGCUUUUCCUUGAUUCGAGCGGCCGGUUUGGAGUUGAACCCGCAGCAGGAUCACUUGUGCAGAUCAAACCUCAUUAGUUUGAUAAGGGGUGACCACUACAGCGCACGCUUAGUACACAGAGAAGUGGUGGCCCCAGGACACUGCCAGAGCGUUAGUGGGAGAUGUUCCAGUUCAGUAAGUACCCCAUGGACAUUCUAGAGAUGCUAAGUGGCCACCAAGCCCAUCAGUUCAAAGGUCUGGGACUAGAACGGCAGCUGAGCCACCAGCAGCAGGUGCAGCUGCAGCACCAGCAGCAGCUUCAGCAGCAGCACCAGCCCGCCGCCGACUCGUCUGGGAGCCUUCUGUCUGGCCUGGGCCUCGGAUCCCUCCAAAGCUCUCGCAGUAAUGCCUUUGCGGAUUCCUCAUCUUUAUUCGCCAAAAUGAGCGCCCCUCCCCCUUCCAUCUCCCAUCAGAGCCAGUCGUCGUCGUCCUCCCACAGCUCCAGGAAGUCCAGUAAGAUGAGCAGCGGCACCAGCAGUAGCAGCGGGAGCUCGUCAUCUGGGUACCCCCAGUUCCUGCGGCCUUUUCACCCUGCCGAGGCAGCACUGGCUCAGGAGCAGCUCCACUCCGGCAUGGGACGUUUCGACUUCGGGGGCAGCGGCAGCGGAGGAAGCGCAGGAGUCAUCGGGGGCGUGGUCACCCCUGCUCCCCCGCCUCCCCCGCUGCACCCUGGCCUGUCUGUCCCCCAGCCCUCCCCUGGCCACUCUUCGUCAUCGCCGUCUCCUUCCACAUCUGUCUCGGCUUCCAACAACCACUCCGGCAGCACCGCUGUCCCCCUGGUGGGCCAGUCUGACCCUCGCAGCCUCCACCAGCAGUUCAGCUGCAUGCUGGCUGCCAACCAGUACUUCCUCUCUGGAGUCCCCACCAACAGCAGCCUGGAGCAGUUCCUGGUCCAGCAGGGCACGCACAACCACCUGGGCCUGGGACUAGGCCAAGGGGCCACGGAUUCCAACUCGGCGCUUGCUCCACCCCCUGCCCUCCACUCCUCACACAGCCACACGGCCCCACAGCCUCAGCAGCAGCAGCAGCAGCUGACCCCCCAUGCCUUAUCGCAUCCACACAGUCACACUCACCACCCGCACCCUCUCCACCCUGCCCCCCAGCCCGCUCCGCUUACCGGCUUUGACUUCCAAGGCAUUCCGGUCCUUUCCUCUAACCAGAUUGCGUCACUUAUGCAGCAAGAGGCGGGGCUGCCACUCCCACUGCCCCUCCACCUCUCCCUCUCCAAGGAGGAUGCCACAAAGUCCGGAGAUACCUCAUCCACUUCUGUUUCAAGUGGAGGAAGCAGGAGAAAGAAGGCGAUGGCGGGCUACCUGCCGCAGAGGAAAACAGACAGUAGCAGCCACAGCAGCAGCACCGUUAGCACCUGCCACAACAGCAGCUCCAGCAGCCACAGUCAGAGCUCCUCCUCAGGCCUGGUGGGGGGAGCGUCCGGGGGGGUCGGCAUCAGCGGCAUUGGAAGUGAACCGCAGCAUUCCUCGCUCCUCUCAUCAUCCUCACAACAGUCGUCCUCCACAGUGUCAUCCACUUCAUCUGCCCCUCCCUCCUCUAACUCCACCCCUGUUCUCGUAGCCAAUGGUAACCAACAGCUGUCCAAACCUCAAGAAAGCCACAGUAACACCUCCUCCGGCCAGCCCGAACCAGAACCCCUUUACCACUGUGGUGAGUGUGGUAAAACCUUCACCCACCUCUCCAGCUUGCGAAGGCAUCUCCGCAGCCACGGUUUGACGCCCGAGAGCCAAAGCAGAAAGUCCGACUGUAACUCGCCCAGCCCAGAGAGGAUCUUCUGCUGUGGGGAGUGUGGAAAGAGAUUUAAGAAAAGGGGUCACCUCAUUCAGCAUAGCGUCACUCACUCUGAAAACCGGCCCUUCGUCUGCAGCAUCUGCCAGAAGUCUUUCAAUCGCCGAGAGUCACUUACGAGGCACGAGAAAAUCCACGAUGAGAAGCCUUUUCGGUGUCCCGCUUGUGGUCGUUGUUUCCGUGAGAGCACCUCCCUUCUGAACCACGCUGCUUCAGGUGCCUGCGGAAAACCUCCACGGACCUCGAAAAACAGGACAAGCACAGGGGGUAGUGGAACGUCCACGGCAAGUGGCAGUAAAAUGGGAGGAACCGGAGGCAGAGUCGGAAUCUCAAGUGAUGGCGCAGGAAUGGCCAACAACAAGUAUGCCACAGAUUACUCCAGAAACCGUUACCAGAACCAGUCAUCGUACAACAGCGGCGUAGAGGACUACAGACGAUCUUCAUCAUCGUCUCUGUUCUCAGACGGGGCGUUAGGAAGUGAAAUGUCCAACCAAACUCUACGUAAAGCCCCCUUAGCCCCCACCCUUCACCCCCACCCCCAGAAUCAGCAACAUCAUCACCACCAACAACAACCAACGCAGCAGCCACAACCACACCUCCCUCUCUCCUCCCUAUUGGAUGAUUCAGAGGAUGAGGUCACCAGCAGUGCCAUGUCAGCGAUUGCCGCUGCAGCCGCUGCCUCUUGUGAUAUAACCACAGAGGGCAGGGAAGGAGAGAGAAGGGAUAUCAUCGGGGGACUGCUGGGGGGGCUCGGUUUCGGUAACAUGGGUGGGCCGUCUUCCACUUCCAGCCUCAACGGUUCCACGAUACCUUUGACCCACCCGAGCCAGCCCCACGCCAAGCAGAGGAGGCCGAGGAAGCCCAGAGAGAAGAGGGACCCCAACACCAUCGUCAGGAGGAGGAGGAGCCCUGCGCCUCCAGGUGACGGUUCAGAGAGGCCCUACGGGUGUCAGAUCUGUGGCAAACGCUUCAGAAGAGCCGAGACCCUGCGUCGCCACAACCGGGUCCACACCGGGGAGAAGCCUCACGGUUGUGACGUCUGUGGAAAGAUGUUCCGUGAGCCUUUCCACCUCACCAAACAUCUGACUGUGCACUCUGGUCAGAAGAACUACAAGUGCAACCUGUGUGGAAAGCUGUUUGCUUACGCACAGAGUCUGGUGAGGCACGGGAAGCUGCACAGAAAAGGGGAGAUUGACAACCAGGGGCGGAGAGUAAAAGGCGCCGCCGCCGCCAUCAGUCAAGUCACCAACUCUGGAAACUCUGACUACUUUUCAUCUUGCUCCCAAGGAGAGAAAUCCCCCACCCAUGGCACCCCUUCUCAGAGGCUUUAUACCUGCACAGUGUGCUGGAAAUCCUUCCGACACUAUUUCCACCUGACAGCGCAUCAACAAACUGUCCACGGUGGUGGCGUCGGGCUAGAGAAAUCUUUUCGUUGUGAAGUGUGCGGUAAAGCCUUCGCCUACUCCAACAGCUUAGUGCGGCACAAGCUAUCCCAGCACGGCAUCGAUCGCAACGGUCAGCGGGUCAACCAGUCCCAAUCCUCUGGAUACUCACCCCUCUUCUAUGACUCUGGAUCAGGGUCCAACUACACCGGGUCAUCUCAUAUGCAACAAGGGGCCUCCACUCCACAACAACAACAACAACAACAACAGCAGCAGCAGCAACAACAACCACAACUGCAGCACCCUUUUCACUACCGCGCCAAAAACUGCCAAAAGCGGCAUGGACAAACGAGAAAACACCGGAAGAAAAAACGAGUUGUGAUCCACAGUAUCAUGAGGGACGGGAAGCUGGUGGGGGUCCCACUCAGUAAAGACACCCGCAAGAAGCUGAUGAUCCUGAGGAGGAAGAGGGGCAAACUCCAGGCUCAGAUCAACAGGAAAAAGCUCCUCGCCCAGCUGAGGAAAAAGGGCUGCGUGAUGAAGGUGAAGUCCUGGAGCGGCGGCGCUGUCAGAGUCAGUGGUCUCACCUCCUUGGACAUCCCCAUCAAGCGCUUCCCGUGUCCCAUCUGUCCCAGCGCCACCUACUCAAAGCAGGGCUUCCUCCUGGUCCAUCAUGCCAUCAGGCACCCGCCCAGAAACUCAGGCCGCUACGCCCGACUGCGCUGCCAGGUGUGUGGCAGACGCACCAGCUCCUUACACAAAGCCUUGAAACACCGGGGCCAGCACCUGAAGGCGGCAGCGUUCCAGUGCCACAAAUGCAGACACCGCUUCUGGAACGCCCGCCUCCUUUCCCGCCAUAAGGUCUCGUGUCGGGGAACGUCCACGGUCAGCGGGGCCAUGGCCUGGGGACUGAUGAAGAUCAAAUCUGACCACUCGGAUAGCGACCAUUCUCCGGUCCAGCUGUCCGUCCCACAUCUGGUCCAGCCGGAGAGGUCCACGGUCCUGACUGAGUUCAGUCAGUAAAAACACUUUUUUAGACUAGAUGGGUUUGAUGUUUAUUUUUGGUAAAUAAUCCAAGAGCAAGUGACAGCUCGCAAGUUUUUAACCAAGGAUGAGGUGGGAGAAGGGGAGGUUUUAGUGUACCUACUGUCAGAUCACCACCACCCCCCACAGCGGUGGUCACUGACUCGGUAACCUGGACUCUAACUGACCUGUAAUCAGAACCGGUCCAAACCUUCCCUCUAGACCUCCACAGAAUCCAGUAGCAUCUGUCAGAACCAGGCGGGUCUGGUCUGGUGUCCCUUCAGCAGUAUUCGGUGGUGAACAGGGAUCGGUUCCUAACGGGGGUCGGUUCCUCACAUAGAGCUUCGGUACCUUUAGUACCACUUUAUUUUUUCACAGUCUUCAGUCUUGGUCUGUGUUCUUGUUUUUUCCCUCCUUCCUCCUGUCGUUCCGUCGGUGUCUCCGCCCACAGGCCUCGUAGACGACAUCACUGCAGCGAAGGGCUGAUGUGUCGGCCUGUCAUUGGCUGGAACGGAGGUGGGGUGGGGGGGGGGUGACCUUGUUUUGAACGUACACUACUACAGUCAUUUUAUAAGAAAGCACGACUCUAACUGUUGACGUGUUCCAGACGCUAACGUGCUCUGGACACUAACGUGUUUUGGACGCUAACGGACAGAACCGCAGUGUGCUGUUCAACUGCUCCUCUAUUUUAUUAUAUAUGGAUGAUUUGCUGUUUUUUACUCCAAGUAUCUUUUUUUUUUUGUCAUUGUUGGUCUUGUUUGGGCGGGAGGGAACAAGUCGGGGACGAUGUUUGUAAAACAGCGGGAUGACUAAAUGUAAUCGAUGUGCUAUUGGCCUCCUCUACCUUUACCUUUGACGCCACAGUUUUGUAACCGACGUGUGUACACAUAGUUUAUCCCUUAGGUCCUGUCCACGUGUUUUUUCUGUUUUCUGUCGAACUAAAACAUGUAAUAUUAUUAUUAUUAUUAUUACUAAAGUACUAUCCUUUUUCUUUGCCUAAAAGUGAGUUGUUGAAAACCCUCAAAUAAAAAAAAAAAAAACUGAAAUGA